ACGCGCGGUAACGGUCGAAUGGUGGAGUUGGUACGUUUUGCGGUUCCCGUCGCGGGUGAGAAAACCUUGCUGGUGUGGGAGCUGAGCUCUGGACCCACGGCCGAGGCCUUGCAACAUUCUCUGUUCACAGUCUUCUCCCAGUUUGGCCUUCUGUAUUCGGUCCGAGUCUUCCCAAACGCAGCAGUGGCCGGUCCUGGGUUCUGUGGCAUCAUCAAGUUUUAUUCAGCAGGGGAUGCCCACAGAGCCCAAAAGGCAUGCGACCAGAAGCAGCUUUUUCAGACAUCUCCAGUGAAGGUGGGUCCAAAUGUGGAAUUCCUCGCUCUACUGGGAUGAAGUGCUGAAUUUAAAACUAAUAGGCCAUCGGGAAUUCCCUGGCGGUCCAGUGUUAGGACUCUGCACUUUCACUGCUGAGGGCCCGGGUUCAAUCCCUGGUCGGGGAACUAAGAUCCCAGCGGGAGGCGGGGGCGGGGGGAAAGGCCAGCAUUUGUACAGCACUGUGGUGUACAGAAUGCUCUCAGAUUCACUGCUCCACUGAUCCCCCAGUUCCCCAGAUCUUUCUUUCUUUUUUUUAGAUGAAGAAACUCGAACUCAGGAUGGUUAAGUGACUUACUUAAGGUUCAUGACAGUACAUGUGGAAACUAGAGGCCAAACCCAAAGUUAACUGAUG